UAUAAGAAUGUCACGUGAAAAGAGACAGAGGCCAAUCCCUUCUCCAGUGUCUUCAAAUCCUGGUAGUGAUGAGGAGUGGCAGCCUGAGCCAAGACAGAGUUCAGGGUCUAUGCAUCAUCAACAGACACAGGGAAAUAAUGAGGAUACUGACACCUCUGAGGCUGAGGUACCUGCUCCUUCGAAAUCUAAAAAAAAUAAGGCUAUCCGAUCUGCCAGAUUUAACAAUGCAGAGAAUGAUGCAUUAAUCGAUGGUGUGAACACAUUUUAUGACAAGCUUUUAGGUCAUCGCUCUGCUAAAACUCAUCCGAGUGAAAAGAUGAAAAUUUGGCGGAAAAUUGCAGAUAAUGUUACUGCAGUUUCUGGUGUAGUCAGAGAAGUAGAUGUUUGUAAAAAAAGAUACAGUGAUUGCAGGAGAUGCACCAAGAAAAAAAUGGCUAAAGAGCAUAAUUAUAAAAAAGGUACAGGUGGAGGACCGCCAUUGGACAUAACUUGGCUGCCCUGGGAAGAAAAAAUCAAGCAGAGAAUGAAUCCGGCUAUGGUUCAAGGCUUGCCAGCAAGCAUAGAUAGCAGCAUUUCCAGGCCUGCUAUAAGCACAGAUAUAAGAGAAUCGAUGGAAAGACAUCAAGGUCCAUUAACGAGUGGUACUGCUCACAGACACUCUCGGCCUUCAGUCUCAAGUCAGUCACAAAGUGGAAUUAAAGAAAGAACUUGUCAAGAAGGAAGACCAAGCAAAAAAAUACGCACUGCAGAAGUUGAAGAAAGGGCAAAAUCCAAUCACCCUAAACAAACCAUGAUGACAUCAAUGGUCAGCAGUAUACACACUGAAGAAGAUCCCAGUGAAACUCAUCGACCAAGACAAGUUCAGGUAUCUGGUAGCGGGAGUAGACAAGCCACAGCUUCAAAGUCUUCAAAAGGACAAGGAGAAUCACAGCUUUUAAGGAAACUUGCUGAAAAAAUGGCAUCAGCAGCUGGAACAUCUACCAAAAAGACAAGUAAAACUCCUGCAGGUAGAUUGACCAUGAGUCAACUGACAAGUGAGGAUGUGAGAAGACAUGACAAAGCCGUAAAAAACGUCCAAGCAGAUCCAACUCCAGUGAAUUUAAUUCGUAAAAAAUGUAAAGAAAAAUUAACACCCUCACAUAUUCUGGAAAUCAGCUCCGCUGCCAUAUUGGCGAAAACCCAGGACCCACAGCCCACUGCAGAAGAAAGUCAAUUUCAAGUGUUGGAGGAUAUACGGACAGGUCUAUCAACAGGGACUACUGAACGUGUGAAUGACAUUGCGAGACAAAUGGAGAACAGACAAGAAACAUUUCGUGUAACUGUAGAUCACCGUCUCCUAAAGAUGGAUGAAACACUGGGACGUUUCUCUGAAUAUCUAAGAGACGUGACAACCUCCACCUCUGCCGUGUUACAGGGCAUAGAGUCCAAAAUAGGUACCAUGAUUAUUGCCUUAAACAAACUUGUGGACAACACUUCGUGCCAGGGAAACAGCCUACAAAUCAUGCAGACAAGCCAUAGCCAAACUGCAGCAAAUACAUCUCUAAUAGCUACACAACUCCAAACUAUGAAUACUAUUAUGUUGAAGAUGUUGGCUGCUUUGAGUCAGGGACAACACCAUCCUGCCAUUCAAGAAUCAUCUCAAACAUUUCCAGGUUUAGGACAAGAGGGACAAUUACAUGGAUUGGACUCUGGUGAUGUCCAUCCGCAAAUGCCAACAUGUCCUAGUCCUGCUCCUCCUGAUAGUGCAACCACACCAGGACCAUACACGCAACAACAAAAACCAGAUGAAUCACAUUGUUAA